AUGGACGGCUUCUACGACCAGCAGGUGCCCUUCAUGGGGCCCGGGAAGGCCUGUGCCGAGGAGGCCCGCGGGCGCCCGGGUGGCGAGCGCAAGAGGAAGCUGCCGGAGACCGACCUGGCGCACGACUCGGAGGAGCUCUUCCAGGAUCUCAGCCAGCUGCAAGAGGCCUGGCUAGCUGAAGCUCAGGUCCCCGAUGAUGAGCAGUUCGUCCCUGAUUUCCAGGCCGACAACUUGGUCCUGCACGCGCCACCUCCGGCGAAGAUCAAGCGAGAACUGCACAGCCCUUCCUGCGAGCUGUCGUCCUGUAGCCACGAGCAGGCUCUCUGUGCUAACUAUGGAGACAAGUGCCUCUACAACUGCUGUGCCUACGACAGGAAGCCCCCCGCCGGGUUCAAGCCAUUAACGCCGCCCGCGGCGCCUGCGUCCCCGGCGGGCUCGGCGCUGCCGCCGCCGCCCGUGCCCGCGGCUGCCGCGCACGGCGCCCCGGCCGCGCCGCUGCGGGGGGCCCCGCCGGGCGCGCGGCCGCUGCAGGACGCGCGGCAGCCGCCCUUCGCCGUGCCCCGGCCGCCUCACCCCCCGCUGCACAUGCCAAAGAUGAUGUCCGAAAACCAAUACCCCGCGGAGCACAGGUUUCAGAGGCAGAUGUCGGAGCCCUGCCAGCCCUUCCCGCCGCAGCCCGGCCUCGCCGGUGACAACCGCCCCGUGUACCAGCGGCAGCUCUCGGAGCCCCUGGGCCCCCCCGGCGCCCCCCGGCCCCCUCAGGGAUUCAAGCAGGAGUAUCACGAUCCCCUGUACGAGCAGGGGGGCGCCGGCCUGGCCGGCCCCCCGCCCGGGCCUGCCUUCCCCCAGGCGCCCAUGGGCAUUAAGCAGGAGCCCAGGGAUUACUGCAUUGACUCAGAAGUGCCUAACUGCCAGUCCUCGUACCUGCGAGGCGGGGGCGUCUUCCCCGGCAGCCAUGACGGAUUCCCCUACGAGAAGGACACACGAUUGUAUUUCGACGACACGUGCGUGGUACCGGAGAGGCUGGAAGGCAAGGUGAAGCAGGAGCCCACCAUGUACCGCGAGGGCCCCCCGUACCAGCGGCGCGGCUCGCUGCAGCUCUGGCAGUUCCUGGUCACGCUCCUGGACGACCCUGCCAACGCUCACUUCAUCGCCUGGACAGGCCGCGGCAUGGAGUUCAAGCUCAUCGAGCCCGAGGAGGUAGCGCGCCGCUGGGGCAUCCAGAAGAACCGGCCCGCCAUGAACUACGAUAAGCUCAGCCGAUCUCUACGCUACUACUACGAGAAGGGCAUCAUGCAGAAGGUGGCCGGCGAGCGGUACGUCUACAAGUUCGUCUGCGACCCCGAUGCCCUCUUCUCCAUGGCCUACCCCGACAAUCAGCGCCCCUUCCUCAAAGCGGAGCCCGACUGCCCCGUGGCCGAGGACGACACCUUGCCGCUGACGCACUUCGAGGACAGCCCCGCGUACCUCCUGGAGCUGGAUCACUGCGGCGGGCUCCCCUACGCCGAGGGCUUCGCCUACUGACUUGGCCACCCAGCUGCUGGAGCCACCAGUGCUAGCAAAAUCCUGCCUGGGCGAGCAAGGGCCACGGUUUUAUAAAGAAUUAUGUUUUUUUUUUUCUUUUUUUUUUCCUUUCUUUUUUUUUUUGUUGCUGUUCCUAUCAGAAGAAACUCCAAGGAAGCACGUGCAGAGUGCGAACGGAGGGAUCUAAACGCUGGUGCACGUCACCGUUGACUUCCCGACCUCCCCCCUGUCCAAGGGCUAGCAUGUAGGACUGCCCGUGGCUGACACCUCCUGCCGAGCACCACCGCGGUGCUGGCUGUGGGGGUAGAUGCUGUUGGAGGGAGGUCUCUGAUACAGGCGGCGAUGGGUUCCUCCGUGCCCGACCGUCACGACAAUCUGCUUCAUGCUGCUCCCGACCUGCGUAGCUGCCUCGGGCAUUGGAAAGGGCUUCGAUUUGCACAGUUGCUGUGGGGCUUCUUGAGGGAUGAAAAGCUGGGGA